AUGGGCCCGGGGCAAGGCCGGCUGCACGUCCUGGCCCGUCGCAGGGCUGGCCCCCACGACCCCCGCAGGGACCAGCCCCUUGAUGCCUCCCCCAGUCCAGCUCCGCAGUCUCUGGCCUGCUCCAGGCUGGUCAGUCCUGCUGAGUUCCCCUACUGCAAGUUCACCUGCCACUACCGCUGCCGCGCCCUCAUCCGCCUGGACUGCAGCGGCCCCCGGGACCAGGACAGCGACCCGGCCGAGGCCACCCAACAGACCGUGGAGAGAGACACCAAUGUGGAUGAGCAGAUUGACUGGGAGAAGCCGGUUCUCAGCCAGGCCGAGAUCGAGCAGAAGAUAAAGGAAUACAACAGCCAGAUCAACAGCAACCUCUUCAUGAGCCUGAACAAGGAUGGCUCCUACACUGGCUUCAUCAAGCUGCAGUUGAAGCUAAUCCGGCCAGUCUCAGUGCCAGCCAGCAAGAAGCCGCCCUCCAUCCAGGACAUGAAGAAGGCGCCGCGGUCCCAGGCAGUGAAGCGCCGCACGUCCUUCUACCUGCCCAAGGACACGGUCAAGCACCUGCACAUCAUCUCCCGCACCCGUGCCAGCGAGGUCAUCGAGGCCCUGCUCAGGAAGUUCAUGGUGGUGGACAACCCCCGCAAGUUUGCCCUCUUCGAGAGAGCGGAGAAGGACGACCAAGGUACCGGCCUCCUCUCCCCCCUGGCUGCAGACCAGCCCCUGCGUCUCCGGCUGCUGGCUGGCCCCAGCGAGAAGGCCCUCAGCUUCGUUCUGAAGGAGAACGAGACCGGAGAGGUCAAUUGGGACGCGUUCAGCAUGCCCGAGCUGCACAACUUCCUGCGCAUCCUACAGCGCGAGGAGGAGGAGCACGUCCGGCAGAUCCUGCAGAAGUACACCCGGUGCCGCCAGCAGCUGCAGGAGGCGCUGACCGCCCGCACCCCAGGCUGAGCUGCCCCCGCCCCAGACCUGACACUCCGACCGACGCCAGGUGGCUGGGCCAAGAAGCGGCAAGGCCAGGCGGACACGGACAGAUCCACGCCGGGACUGCCUGUGGGGCGGGAGCUCCCCUGCGAGGGUGCAGGGAGGUGGGGGGGAAGUGUGGGAGGGGCCCCGGUGCCGGGCGGGGCGCGAGUGUAAGCGAGAGGGGGUUGCGUGCAUGGGAGCAUUUC